AUGAAGAUAAUUCCCAGGAAGACGGUGGAUGCAAAGGAGACAAAAAAGCCACUAGAGUCUAUCUACUCUGGGCUCCAAGUCAUCAUGAAAAGUGGAAUGUAUGUGCUGGGGUACAAGCAGACUCUGAAAAUGAUGAGACAUGGCAAAGUGAAACUGAUCAUCCUUGUCAACAACUGUCCAGCCUUGAGGAAAUCUGAAAUAGAUUAUGCCAUGUUGGCCCAAACUGGUGUCCAUCAGUACAGUGGCAAUACUACUGAAUUGGGUUUAGAAUGUGGAAAAUACUGUGGAGUAUGCUCAUUAGCUAUCAUUGAUCCAGGUGAUCCUGAUAUCAUUAGAAGCAUGCCAGGACAAACUGGUGAAAAGAGUCAGCUGUGA